GCCCCGCCUCCCGGGCGGUGCCCUCCGCGCUGGUCGCCAAGGACGGAAGCAGCCGCUCGGGGCCAUGGAGGAGAGCCCGGCCUGGGAGCCCCCGGGCUGGGGCCCCCCUGGGAGGUGGCCGGCACCCCGGGAGGCCAGAGCAGGCCCGACGCUGUCCUCGGUGCUGAAUGAACUGCCCAGCGCUGCUACCCUUCGGUACCGAGGCCCGGGGGUGCUGCCCUGGGGCGCGCUGGAGGAGGACGAGGAUGAAGAGAGGAACAUCCAGGCCUUCGCAGAAGCCGCCCAGAAGGAGCUGCAGGACCCUGGCCCUUCCCGGGAGCUGCCCUGGCCCAUGCAGGCCCGACGGGCACACAGGCAGCGCCACGCCAGGGACCAAAUGGCUCAGGGGUCCGGGUCCAGGGUGGCCAACUGGGCCCUGCGGCUUCGGAGGUCCAAGGAGAAGAUUCGAGAAGGCUUGCACACCCUGGAGCCCUGGGGGUGGACACUGAAGAGGAUCGGGGGCCAGUUUGGCGCGGGCACCGAGUCCUACUUCUUGCUGCUGCGCUUCCUGCUGUUUCUCAACGUGCUGGCCUCGGUGCUGAAGGUCUGCAUGACGCUGCUGCCCACCUGGCUGGACGGCGGCCCCCCGGAUCCCCCGGAUCCCCCGGGCCCGGGCCCCUCCUCGCCCUGCGGCUCCUACAACCCCCACCCGCAGGGCCUGGUUUCCUUCUCCGCCCAGCUCUUCAACCUGCUCUCGGGAGCGGGCUUCCUGGAAUGGUCCCCCCUCUUCUACGGGUUCUACCCGCCCCGCUGGCGCCUGGCCACCGCCUACCUGUGCUCCACCUUCGUCAUCGGCCUCCUGUCCCUGCUGCUGAUCCUGCGCCGCUCGGUGUCCGGGCUGAAGCAGACGCUGCUGGCCGAGUCCGGCGUCCUGACCAGCUACAGCCACCGGGUGUUCUCCGCCUGGGACUUCGGCCUCCGCGGGGAGGUCCACGUGCAGCUGCGCAGACGCCGCAUCCGAUACGAGCUGCAGGUGGAGCUGGAGGAGGCGCAGGUGCGGCGCCAGGCGGCGGUGCGGACGCUGGGCCAGCAGGCCCGGGUGUGGGCGGUGCGGCUGCUGCUCAACCUGCUGGUGGCGGCGCUCCUGGGGGCGGCCUUCUACGGCGUCUACUGGGCUACGGGGUCCACCACGGAGCUGAAGAAGUUGCCCCUUGUCAGCCGGACGCAGCUGCUCCAGCUCGGGGUGGAUUACCUACCGUCCAUCUUCAUCUUCAUCCGGGGUCUGCCGCCCGUGUUCAAGCUCAUCUUCAAGCUCAUCACCCGGCUGGAGGGCUACACCCGGAGCCGCCAGAUUGUUCUAAUCCUGCUCAGGACCGUGUUUCUCCGCCUGGCUUCCCUGCUGGUCCUGCUCUUUUCUCUCUGGAAUCAGAUCACGUGCGGAGGCAAUGCAAAGGCCGAAAAGUGCAAAGACUGUGGCUACAAUUACAAAGAACUUCCGUGCUGGGAGACUCGGCUGGGGCAGGAGAUGUACAAACUCCUGAUCUUUGACCUGCUGACUGGCCUGGCCAUCAUGCUGCUCAUCCAGUUCCCGCAGAAGCUGCUCUGUGGUCUGUGUCCCGGGCCGCUGGGUCGGCUGGGGACCCAGGAGUUCCAGGUGCCCGACGAGGUGCUGGGGCUCGUCUACGCGCAGACAGUGGUCUGGGUGGGGAGUUUUUUCUGCCCUCUACUGCCCCUGCUCAACACGGCCAAGUUCCUGCUGCUCUUCUACCUGAAGAAGCUCACCCUCUUCUCCACCUGCUCCCCGGCCUCCCGCACCUUCCGGGCCUCCACGGCGAACUUCUUCUUCCCCAUGGUCCUCCUCCUGGGGCUGGCCAUCUCCGCCAUCCCUGUGCUUUACAGCAUCUUCCGGAUCCCGCCCUCUAAGCUGUGCGGUCCAUUCCGGGGGCAGCUGUUCAUCUGGGACCAGAUCCCGGAGUCGAUUUCCAGACUCCCUCAGAUCACCCAGGACUUCCUCUUCUUCCUGGGGACCCAAGCUUUUGCUGUGCCCCUUCUGCUGAUCUCCAGCAUCCUGAUGGCCUAUACCCUGGCCCUGGCCAACUCCUAUGGAGGCCUCAUCUCGGAGCUCAAACGGCAGGUAGAGAAGGAGGCGCGGAACAAGGUCUUCCUGGCACAGCGCGCCGUGGCGCUGAGCUCGGACCACGGGGCCCUUUGACCUCCCCAGCCUGGCUCAGACCCAGACCUGCCCCCGAACCUUUGUAAGCCUCGGCCACGUCAUCUGUAAAAUGAGAGAAUGGAGAGGACCGUCCUUCCUUCCGGCCCUGGGAUUCUGAGAUUUCCGGGGCCCCGCACCCCUGACUGUCCAGGGAACCCCAUUCUUGUAUCAAUAAACACAGCGGAGUCA